ACUGCAAAAUGGCUACCUUGUUAAGGAUUUCUCGGAUUUUCCAGCAAUUGCAAGUUCCAACUCAAUGGAAUAUUCUACCUUUUUCUUGUUAUUUUCAUAGUCAAGGUGUCACUUUUUCUGAGCUCAUGUACAGAAAAUCCAUGCAGUGCAUAUCUUUAAGUUGUAUAGAUAAGGGUUUGCUUCCUGGUUCUCAGAAUCAACAGGUCAGAUACUAUGCUGCAAGAAGAGGAAAACGUGAGAAAAUGAAAGCAACUAAAAAAUCACAAAAGAAAGAAGUUGUGAAAAAAGAAUUUGUACCUUAUCACAUCAAAAUGGCCAUGAAAAAUAUUGUCAUUAAACCUCGCCGGGAAAAUGUUGAUCACUGGUUAAAGACACCACCCAUUGAUGAUGUUUGGAGAGCAAAGUUUUACAAGAAAAAAAUUUAUUCUGUAAUGGAGGCUAUUGAGAUGCACAGGGAAACACAUCAUCCUACAAUACUGAAUGAGCCUGAAGCAAUUCUCAGUUCAACUAUUGAAUUAGACAUGCGAAUGCCAAAAAAGAACCGCUACCUCGAUAACUUCACAGGCACAAUCAAAUUACCAUAUGAGCUCAAAAUGGAUAAUAAUAAGAAGAAAGUUUUAGUUUUUUGUAAGGACUCAGAAGAUCAAACUGGAGCAUUAAAAGCUGGGGCUUUCAUGGCAGGGAGCAGUGGUGUAAUCAAACAGAUUCAAACUGGGGAAUUAACUGUUCAAGAUUUUGACCACGUGGUUGCUCAUAUAGAUAUGUUAGCUGAACUAGGAACUAUCAGAGGUCUUCUGAAAAAGUCUUUUCCUAACAGAAAUAAAGGAAAUCUGGGGACUGAUAUAGUACCACUUGUUGAACUUUUCGUACAAGGGGUAGACUACAAAUCAAACAAAGAUGAGCAUGAACUAGAUUUUGGUUGGGUGGAUGUGCCUAUUGGACGAUUAAAUAUGGAAACUAAUGAACUCCAGCAGAACCUUUUCACUGUUUUAAACCAGGUGGAAACUCACAAGCCAAAAGGUGUGGCAGCUCCGUUCAUCACCCGUGUUCUACUCUUUUCUGAACCAUCUCAAGAAAAGUUUGUGAUACCACAUUGGGAAUAUCUUGAAGGUUAUAAGGAUCCUAAUACUUUAAAAUCUGAAGAAGUAACGCUUGAACAACAGACUGAGGAAGAUGAUGACACUGAUACUGAUGAAGUGGAGCAUACUCGUGUUGCAUCAUGAAAAGUAACUAUAAAAAUUGAAUUCAUGAUUUGCCUGAUGUUUCCUUUAAACAGUCCAAGAGAAGAAACUAUGUCAAAUUUUUGUAUAGUUUAGGUCUAAUUUUUUUGUUGCCAUAACCAUGUGUGGUUUAGUUGUAAAUAAAAUUGGAAGUUUAUAUUCAUUUAUG